UCUUCGCUGACUGUACCUUUAAAGACUCUUGUCCCAGUUAAAGCCAAGCCCCGCCUCUGGAGCAGACAUCCCAUGAGUCAUAAAGUUUGAUGUCCUGCCCAAAGUUUAGACGCGACUGGAGCAAAACUUUUUUUUCUCUAGAAAGUGAGCUGCUGAGAUUUGUCCUACGAACCAUGAUUUUUUCUUGUAAGAACAUUCACUAACGCCUUCAGCUUGGCCGAAACACAGUAAAAGUGGGACUCUUUCAGCCAAGCGUUUGUUGUGUUUUUCGUCUUUUGUGGCUGAGUCUGCGUCUGCGGUUUUUUUUUUUUUUUGGGAAAAGUUGGGGUCGGACGACAACAUAGAUUCCAGUGUGGAGUAUAUGCGCUUUGUUACAUUCACAAGUAUGCCAGCAAGGAACAACAGGAAAGCGCUGUCUUUCACUACAGAUUUCGACAGCUAACACACUUUGGAAGAAAACAAAGUACUCGACUGUAAAAACUUUAGAAUGACUCGGGAUAACUUUUACUGAGUGUCGUCGAGAUUUCCAGAUUUCCUGCUGCGUGAAGAAAAAAAGUUUGGGGCUGGCUCAAACUUCUUUUUUGUGAACUUCUGAAGGCGACAUUUUCGGACACGUAAAGUUCGCAGACUGUUUUGGGACAAUGGAUCCGAGCCAGCAUAACCCUCCUGCCGGACACCAAAUCGUCCAUGUACGGGGAGACUCUGAGACCGACCUGGAGGCGCUUUUUAACGCCGUGAUGAACCCGAAAAACACUAUCGUGCCCCCUUCCGUACCUAUGAGGAUGAGGAAGCUGCCAGACUCCUUCUUCAAGCCCCCUGAACCAAAGUCCCAUUCCAGACAAGCCAGCACUGAUGCUGGAAGCGGUGGAGCGCUCACCCCCCACCAUGUCCGUGCACACUCGUCCCCGGCCUCCCUGCAGCUGGGGGCUGUUUCUGGUGGCUCCCUGUCUGGCAUGGCCUCAGCAGGUGCUUCCCCUCAACAUCUCCGUCAGUCCUCUUAUGAGAUUCCUGAUGACGUGCCCCUGCCCCCAGGGUGGGAGAUGGCCAAGACUGCCUCCGGCCAGAGAUACUUCCUCAACCACAUUGAUCAAACCACCACUUGGCAGGAUCCUCGCAAAGCCCUGCUCCAGAUGAACCAGGCUGCCCCGGCCAGUUCAGUGCCAGUCCCGCAACAGAACCUUAUGAACCCAGCUAGUGGUUCUCUCCCUGAGGGCUGGGAACAAGCCAUUACAUCAGAGGGAGAAAUUUACUACAUCAACCACAAGAACAAGACUACAUCUUGGCUGGACCCACGACUGGACCAACGCUAUGCCCUGAACCAGCAGAGAAUCUCCCAGAGUGCUCCAGUGAAGCAGGGGGGGCAGCUGCCUUCGAGCACCCACAGCGGAGUCAUGGGAGGCAACAAUCAGAUGAGACUGCAGAUGGAGAAGGAAAGGCUGAGACUGAAGCAACAGGAGCUGCUUCGCCAGAGACCACAGGAGCUCGCUUUAAGGAAUCAGCUGCCUACCAGUAUGGAUCAAGAUGGCAGCACAAACCCUGUGUCCUCCCCUAUGGCCCAAGAUGCCCGAACCAUGACUGCCAACAGCUCUGACCCAUUCCUCAACAGCGGGACCUACCACUCCAGGGAUGAGAGCACAGACAGCGGCUUGAGUAUGAGCAGCUACAGCGUCCCUCGCACUCCAGAUGACUUCCUCAACAGUGUAGAUGAGAUGGACACAGGGGACCCACUUCCACCCUCCAUGGGGACACAGCCCAGUCGUUUCCCCGACUACCUGGACACCAUCCCAGGAACAGAUGUGGACCUGGGCACCCUGGAGGGUGAGAGCAUGGCGGUGGAAGGUGAAGAGCUGAUGCCCAGUCUGCAGGAGGCCCUGAGCUCUGACAUUCUCAACGACAUGGAGUCUGUGCUGGCAGCUACCAAGAUUGACAAGGAGAGCUUCCUCACAUGGUUAUAGAAGACCAGAGCGGGGUGCUCAUUACUCCUCUCCCUACACUCUAAACUGCUGCCUGCUCUAAUCUGUGGAGGAUUCAUAGAUGCUUUUACAAGACAUUUCAGCGAGCCUCUCUGGACUUCUGUCUCUGUCUUGGCGUGUAAGGCCAACCUCUUUUGAGGCAGUAUUAUUUUGUUCUGUUCUUUUCUUUUUACUGGUGUGUUAUCUCUGUUUUGUCUGUGUCUUCAAGGCUGGCCCAUGAACAGACAAUUACGCAAGGGUCCCCAAAUCUUUCACAGGUCUGUCAGUGAAUCUAGGGUAUCUUUACCUAGAGCAAGAGUUGCUCCUUCCCCUGGUCUCCCCUCAUAGCUGAGCUGGGCAGGUCCAUGUACUCAUCAGCAAGGACUGCCCACACAAGUUAUCCCCUGGAGUCUCUGGUGCCUCUUUUUCUUGCAGUAUAGCGUGAAGCAGCACUACAUAACUGUGUUUGGGACUAUUGCAUCUAGCUUAAGUAGCUUUAUAUUUGGCCUUGGAAGUUUUUCCUUUUUUUGUUUAUAUUCAACAAGCCUGAGAAACCAAAAAUGAUGUAUUUGAAGCAUAAAGAACAAUACUGAUUUGGAGUAAAGGUAAUGUGAGGCCCAGUUUGGACAUGUUGGCUUUGCUGGGGGUGGGGUGGGGCGAGGGUUUGUGCCUGGGGACCGACUACGUUGCUGCUUGGCUGUGCCAGCAAGUCUAAGUUAAACCUUUGAUAGAUCAAGUGCCUUCAGUUGUAUUUUUUGAGACGUGAGCACCAUGAACAAUUUUCUGUAAUGCAGCAAUACACAAUAGGCUGUAUUAAUCAUAAACAUCAGCCACACUUUCCUCUAGCUAAUGUUCAAUAAUCAGAUUUGUAUUUUUGUUUUAUAAACACAUUAUAAGGGGGUUUAGGGAUUUUUUUUUUAACCCUAACUUCUUUUUAUCAGUCUUAUCCAAGCCUAAUCCAUGAUUCAUUCUUUGUUUUAUCUUUUUAGUAUUCUUUUAUUUUUAGGUUACUACAUAUGUAUGAUAGCUUAGAUCAAAUGGCAUUUUGCUUUUGUUUUUAAUUUCUUUCAUAGAUGAAUUUAUACAUUUAACAGGGUCAACUGUUAUUACAGCAACUCGCUUCACCUAGAUGAAGUCUGCCAAGACACAGAUUGAUUCUGUUUUGACUUUUUUUUUAACCACCUUGCUGAUUCAUCUCGUCUCAGAUUUACUAUAUACAUUUAAUUGUGACUGUUUGUUGAUCACAUGCAGCUUUUGCUAUCUUUCCUAAACAUUAACCAAAAAGGCAGAUCUCUUGGCUAAACAAACUAUAGCUCUUUGAUCAAUUACACCUUGUGACAACUUACAGUAUAUGAGUGUGACAAUAUUUGAAACCGUCUUCCUAAAGAGGGAGCUGAACCCCUCUGCGUGAUGCUGUGCUGUGUGUUGGAAUGAGGGGUUUAUGGACUACAGUUUGGACAAGUUUAAGCAGGUUUAAGAGUCAUGUCGAGGGGUAAUGUAGAAGGCCAGGGUUUGACUGACAGCGGUGAGUUAUGUGGAUUGUUAAUCUUUUUUUUUUUUUUUGUGGAAUAAUUAAGAAACAAUCACUUCUUAUCUCAGUCAGGAAUUGUUGUGGCAGAUUCCAAAGAUGUAUUUGUAACACCAACACUUAUUUUUGCUUCCAUUUUCACAGAGUCCAGAAACGGUAUGAUCUGUAGAUCGACCUCUGUAUGAACAAACUGUAUAAGCUAAUGAGAAAAUGAUGUAGGUUUUAAGUGUUAAUGGACAUGUCUGAAUAGGUUUAGCUAAGAGAUUCUUUCUAUUUUUUAGACAAGAUGGUUGUUUUGAGUGACUUACCCUGAGAUUCAAGGAUGAGGUUUCGGAACAGAAGCAAGUGUUUCUUCUAUAAGCGCUCACAUGUUUACAUGCACUCUGAGUAAGAAACUGCUUCAGCCGCAGUUGAGACAACUCACUGACAAUUCUCUCAUAAUCACAUUAUUUUGAUGUUUACACCAUUACAGUUUUUAAUUACUGCAGUAACCUUUGAAUAAUCAGCCUGCUGUUCUUGCCUUUGGUUGAGGCUUUGCAGGAUGUCACAAUGAUUCUGUUGCCAACCAAUACUUAAUUGGUAGCGUUAACUUGAUGGAACAAAUUUUUUUAGAUCUGAGAAAAUGAAUUUUGAAAAAAUUUUUAUUUUGUGUGAGAAACAUCUUUCGUAGUUUUGAUUUUAUUGAUCAUUAAAUCAUGUGUUGAUGACAGAUUAAGAUGGAUAAACAGUGUUGGUGAGAACAAUGCAACUUAAAUGAGUGGUACACUGCAGUGCUUGUAUUGCACGGCUACAUUUUGAUGCAAUGAUGCAUUUUGUCACACAAACCUGAUUUUAUGCUUACUUAGUGUGUAAUUGUCAGAGCAUAUUAGCUGUUGACUGUCAUUGUAGCAGUAGAACUAAUCACACAAGUUAAAGGAUUUUGUAUUUAGAGUUUUCUAAAUGCACAUGAAAUGAUUUAUAUUCGGUAAUGAUCUAUUACUUUUUUGAUAGAUAUGUGCAUGUGUUUUAGAACAAUAAAUUCUGUUACAUUAUAUCUUUCUUCAUAUGAUACUUUGAAAUUGGCCUAAAAUAUAUACUUUGUGGUAAUAUC